AUGCCCACGGAACACUCCACCCCUGCUAUGCCCGCAUGUGCCCGCAAGUUCAUCAUCGAAACCGUCGACUUUAUAGUCGACCUAGACUCACUUCUAAUCUACCUGCACAAUAUUGUGCAGUACCUCCGACGCGAAAACUGGACCGCCGUCGAUAUCUAUGGCGGCUUUCACAUCCGCCGCCAAGAAAAAUUAGUGCACAUCUUCCUGUUAUACCUAACCACUAGCAUAGAAAACGUCUAA